AUGCAAUUAGUGUCAGUCAUCUCCGGCAAAUCGCCGCCCUCCAGUAUUCCCAUACCAACGGCUACUGGGGUUUUACAUCCCAACCCUUCGGAAAAAUCGCGAGAUGUGCCAUUGAAGGAGACGAGUUUUGGUCCAGUAGCACCCCGGCCUCCUGAAAAUAGGCCACAAAAGGCGGUUGAACCGAAGAAACCUAAGAAGUCAUUUCUGGUCAGGUUUAAAGAGGAGAUGAUUCAUUACUACCAUGGUUUUCGUCUCCUUGGCUUAGAGACGAGGAUCGCUGGCGGCAUAUGCUUCCGACUGCUGACUGGAAAGACCUUAACUAGACGUGAAAGGAACCAGCUUGUUCGAACAGUGGCCGAUAUAUUUCUGUUGGUGCCGUUUGCUGUCUUUAUAAUUGUUCCCUUCAUGGAAUUUCUGUUGCCAGUUUAUCUCAAGUUCUUCCCCUUCAUGUUGCCCAGUACUUUCAAGGAAAAGGGGAAGGAGGAGGAAAAAGUACGUCAAAAACUAAAGGCGAAACUGGAAGUGGCUCGUUUUUUACAAGAAACUGUUAUGCAAACCACCACUAAAACCAGCAAAUCCAAAGACAUUCCAACCAUUGCUGAGUUUCAGGAAUUUUUGAGAACAGUCCGACAGUCGGGUCAAUUAGCUGACACUACGGACAUCCUUCGUUUUUCGCGUCUUUUUGAAGAUCAAGUGACACUUGAUUCUUUGGACCAUGCUCAGCUGAAGGCUUUAUGCCAACUACUUGAAAUCAACUCCAUUGGUCCAAGCAACUUUCUCCGUUUCCAGUUAUGGCUUCGAGUUCGUCAACUGCGUACCGAAGACAAGUUGAUCGCCAAGGAGGGUAUUGACCAGGUACCGUUGUGGGAACUGCAAUCUCUUUCGCGCAACCGCGGCAUGCGAUCUUUCGGCCUGACUGAGGAGCGGUUACGCAGUCAACUCAGUCAGUGGUUGGAUCUGCACUUGGAGAAGAAUGUUCCAAUAACUUUACUCCUUCUCUCACGAGCCAUGUACGUGCAGGAUACGACCCUUCCACCUGAACAACAGCUUAAGAAUGCGAUUUCAGUGCUGCCUGAUAAAGCGACAGAGGAGGCGGCAGUAAAGGCGGUAGAGUCAUCAGAGGACGUAGACCCUAAGACAAAGAUAGAGUUCCUGCGCAAGGAGCAGGAGACCAUCAAGGCUGAACGCGCAGCCGCCCGCAAAGCCGCUGAAGAGGAGACGCGCAAGGCUGCUGAGGUCGGUUCCCGUGAAUUCCUCGUUGACAAAGCCAAACCUCUCGAGACCAAGGCAUCUGAGGAGCUAAAGGACACGGCGGAGAAACUGAUUGGGAAACCUUUACAGAAGCCUUUGGAACCAAUUGUGCCACAAGCUAAGCCGCCUCCAGUGUCAAAAACCGCUGCUCCUGCUCCGGUGGAGGCAGAGAUGAAAACUUUAGAGACAAGCGAAGGGGAACCACUGGUUUCCUCAAAGGACCUUGGCAGCAUCAAAGACGCCAUCGAGAGUAUGGAGGAGUCUAAUAAGGCUCUACAGGAAGAGCAUCUUCUCGAUCUGAAGGCUGACCUUGAAGAGGCUGUCAAGCUGCGUCAGCAACAACAAAAGGAGAAGGAGAAGAUAAAAGCCUCGGCGGAACUUGUGAAGGAAGGGGAAGGAGGGAAAGAUGAGACGAUUAUAAUUGAACCAUUGUCUAAGGGGGUUAGACCGCCACCAAAAUCAGCCACUGAGGCGAAACCGAUGGAAAUAGCCGUAGAAGCGACGACAGAGGUUAAUAGGAUGGACACCGAGGAGACGUUAGAAGUACAACCAAAGAAAGAAACAGAGACGGUAGUGAAGGAGAAGGUGGCUUCGAAGAAGGCAGCCAAGACAGAGAAGGCUGUUAAACGUCUAGGUGCUCAUGUAGACCGUCUUUUGGAUGAGAUUGAUGGUUCGAUGGAUAAAUUGCGAGGACAGAAGCAGGAUCUUCUGAAAGAGAUUCUGACUCAAGAGGACAAGGCCAAAGCAAUUACAACGGAGGCAGACGCAGAGAUGCGAAAACAGCUCUUCGAGAAUAUUCGUGCUGACCAGCAGCGUGUGGUUGACAUCACUGAUGUGUUGUUGUCACUGCAACGGUUGCAGAAGGCUGCUGGAAGCGAUGCUGAAGGGGACCAGCGCUGGCAACUCAUUCUUGAAGCUCUGGAUGAGGACAACGAUGGUAAAAUUGAACUCAAGCACUUGCUACCAGUUCUGGAACUCUUCGAGAAAGAGAAGGUGGAGCUGAACACGAGUCAGCUAUCUGAUGUGGUGGAAAUGUUUGAGAAAGAGGACCUUCUGGAGGAACAGGAGGGGCAGGCGGGGGAAACUCAGAAGGAGGAUAGGGCAACGAAAGAACAGACGUCGGAGACUUUGAAGAAGCCCGACGGUACUGAGGUGUAA